AACAGACUAUAUCUAAUAGUAAUAGAUAAUACUUUCGCAUCGCAUAAACCAACAAACCAAAAAUAGGUAGCUAUUCAGUUCGCUGCCAUUGCUUUUCCUAUGAUCAAAUUUAUUGUGACCUUUUUUAAAGCCAGCAAACUGCUAUUGCAACAUUCACUAAUGGGUACGUGUUGUUGAUUAAUACCUAAGUACAUCAAUAACUUUGGACUUUGGAAUUUUUUCAAGAUUUUGAGUUGAACAAAAUGACAUUUUAGUUUUUUCCAAUGAUUAAAUAAUUUUCAAGUUUUCAAAAAUCCAAAGUCACAGAAAAUGUCAUGUUUUUUGGGGUGUUUUUCGGCGUAACGAAUUUUCAAAUUAGAUAUAUGUACCAAAAGCAAUUCCGUUUUCACUUAUUAUUGUAACCUGCGAACCACAAAGAACAUGAAUUUCAAUCUUUUAUCUCACUUAAUAAUGGCACAUCUCUUAUCAGGGACAUCAGGGUACAGGUGGUGGGUGAAUUCCAUGGAGUCCACGGAGGACGUUUAUGAUUCCGAAACCAAUGACGAGUUAUGUGCUGAUAAGAGCCGUGAAAUGGAAAAUUAUGCAGUGAAAAAUAAUGGCUAUCUCAAAUAUGUACAAUGGAUCAAAAUACAUGACUGGAUUAUUGACGUAGAAAAAGAAUUUCCGGAUUGGUUGAGCCAUCUUGAAGUCGAUCGUUUAAUUAAAUGGGUAUUAGCUAUAAAAUUUGUCGAAGGACCUAUUUUCGACGAUCUGCGAAAUUGCUUUAAAAAAUGUAAUCAAUUACGCUUGGAGGAAUUUGCUAAUGAAAUCGAUCCAAUGUUCGAAGUAACGACAACUUUAUUUGCUGGUAAAAUGUCUGGAGUCCCAAAACCAAAGCAGUAUGAAAUACCACAAGUAUGCGAAUUAAUUUUUGGAGAGAAUGCAGCGAGAAAAGCCGCGUGCAAUAUCUUAUUAAGUGCCAUCUCUGAUGAUAAAACUAACGUUCCCACAUCAAGUGCAGAUAUAUCUUCUUCAACUGCUGAUACUUAUCUUGCAAAAUUUUAUGUGAUUAUCGCAGAAUGUAAAAAAUUGCAUAACGAUGCUAAAAUUCGUUUUAAGGAUGUUUUAAAAAAAGUAGAAAGUAAUUCGGAAUUUAUAAACCAUAACUGCACCAUAUUAGAGAGUUUUCUAGUGAAUCGUAGUGAAAUAUAUGAUAGUACAGAAUAUGCACAAAAACGGAAUACCAAUUUACCCGCUAUAGUUAUUCAAAUACGAGUAGGUUUCCCUAUAAAUUUACAAGGUGUAUCCACUGAAGAAUUCGAAGAAAAUUAUUCAAACCUUGAGUCUUUGAUGAAUGCUAUAAAGACUGACCUAGAAGAAUUACUACGAGUAGAACGAUUUGGUGGAAACUUUUUCACGCCGGUGGAAUUCAUACCUAUCUCAUAAAUAGUUCAGGUCUUUCGUUAAUCCAUCGAACACUGCUGAUUCCAACGGAAAAGGAAACUCAAAGGAAUUUAAAUCAAGAAGAACUGAAGAAGUCUGUAAAAACUAACAGCAAGUGACGCGAAUAUUUUAAUGCAGAAAAAAAUCACAAAUAGGUAUCUACCUAACAAGAAACUUUUCAAUUAAAUUCAAUGUAAAAUUAUCAAACAAAAUGUCUCAAUGUCUCAAUUAAAAUCUCGUUAUAGGCAAUUUUAGCAAAAAGCAUAACUUCUUGACAAAUAGGUAGGUAUCUACUACCUAUUAGCUUUGUAGCCAUUUGAGAAAAAAAUGAGAUAUUUUGGAAA